AUGAUCAUUUCUCUGUAUGUGGAUGAUCCUCUAGUGAUUGGAAGCAAUCAUGCUCAAGUGGAGGAAUUCAAAAAAUUCAUGCACAGUGAGUUUGAAAUGAUGGGCUUGGGUGAAAUGUCAUACUUUCUUGGGAUGGAUAUUGAUCAAGAUGCAGAUGGUAUUUUUGUGAAUCAAAGGAAGUAUGCAAGUGAAAUCCUUAAGAAAUUUUACAUGGAGAAUUGUAAACCAGUGGACCUACCAUUGGUUCCAAAUAUGAAGUUAUCAAAAAGUGAUGAGACUGAGAAGGUUGAUGUAGGAUUGUACAGGAGCUUGAUUGGUUGCCUACUGUACUUGACAGCAACCAGACCAGACUUAAUGUAUGCCACAAGUUUGCUGUCCAGAUUUAUGAGUCAACCAACCAAGACUCACUUCAAGACUGCAAAAAUGGUGCUGAGAUAUGUGAAGGGCAGCACUGACUUUGGGGUGUGGUUCAGGAGAUCAGAAGACUUCAAGUUGGUUGGUUUUUCUAACAGCGACUAG